AUGGAGUGGGUUUCAGAGGGUGUUGGUGAUUUGGAGGAAUCCGACCGUCAGGAUAGUGCUCGUGUUGUGGAGCAGCCGAAUGAAGUGAGUGUGGCGGUUUCUGAAAAGCCCACUGAAGUGGCGACACCUGAGGUCUCAGUGAAGGAGGCUGUGGUUGAAAAGACCCCAGUGGAAUCGGAGACAGUCCCGGUCUCAAUUGUUAGCAAAGGAGUGGUAGAGGUGACGGACAUGAAGAGCACAGUUGGAGUGACAGAGGAAUCUGGUAGUGUGGCGGAGCAGGAGACGUUGGUUGUUGAGCAGGUGGCGGAAUCCAAGGAGACAGUGACUGUUAAGAUGGAGGAGCGAGUUGUACAGGAGGUGGAGAAGGAGUCCGUCCCAGAGACGAUGGAGUGGGUUUCAGAGGGUGUUGGUGAGUUGGAGGAAUCCGACCGUCAGGAUAGUGCUCGUGUUGUGGAGCAGCCGAGCGAAGUAGGUGUUGCAGUUUCCGAAACACAAGUGGAGGUGGAGACGUUUGAGUUGGUGUCAGUGAAGGAGGCUGUGGUGGACGAGACCCCAGUGGAAUCGGAGACAGUCUCGGUCUUAGGUGUGACGGAGGAGAAGAGCGUGGUCUCAGCGACAGAAGACUUUGCCAUGGAGGUGGAGCAGGUGACUUUGACCGUGGAUGAGGUGUCACCUCGUAUGGAAUCCCUGACGUCCUCAGCUGAAGAACGUGUUGUCAGUGAGGCUGUUCCACUGGAGGAGACGGUCUAUGAUGUGUACGAAACGGAACAGGUUGAAGCUGUAACACGUCCUACCACUGACGCUGUCGCUUCUGGUGUUGUCUCCUCGACUACUCCUUCUCUGUCUGACGUUGUCAGUGUUGAAGAAGUUCCUUCUGAGGCGAGUUACUGA